GGAGGUGGAGGAGGAGGAUGGUAAGAAGGAGGAGCAGAGGAGGCGUGCCAUAGAGGGAGUGGUGGACAUCACAUAGCUCUGCCUGGUGGAGAUGAACCAGGAGGAACUGGCAGACACACUGUGGGGCAGAUCUGAUGCUGUCGAGUGCCAACAUAAAAUAAAGUCUAAUUUGAAGAAGAAGUUCAGGGUUGUGUUUGAGGGAAUCGCUAUAGCAGGACAGCGAACAGAUCUGAAUGACUUCCUCACAGAGAGAGGCAGUGGAGAGGUCAACAAGGAACAUGAGGUGAACAUGAGACUGAUUGAAACAGCUUCCAGGAAACCAGCCAUGGAGGAAACACCAAUCAGAUGUGAGGACAUCUUUAAACCCGUGCCUGGACAAGAUCAACCAAUCAGGACAAUGAUGACAACUGGAGUGGCCGGCAUUGGUAAAACCGUAUUAACACAGAAGUUCACCCUGGACUGGGCCAAAGGCAAAGCCAACCAGGACAUACACUUCACAUUUCUCCUCACUUUCAGAGAGCUGAAUUUACUGAAAAGGAAAGAGUUUAGCUUGGUGGAACUGCUUCAUUACUUCUUUAUUGAGACCAAAGAAGCAGGAAUCUGCAGAUUCCACCGGUUCCAAGUUGUCUUCAUCUUGGAUGGUCUGGAUGAGUGUCGACUUCCUCUGGACUUCCAGAACAACCCGAUCUGGACUGAUGUCACAAAGUCCACCUCGGUGGACGUGCUGCUGACAAACCUCAUCAGGGGCGUCCUGCUUCCCUCCGCUCGCAUCUGGAUAACCACACGCCCUGCGGCAGCCAACCAGAUCCCUGCUGAGUGUGUUGACAUGGUGACAGAGGUGAGAGGGUUCACCGACCCACAGAAGGAGGAGUACUUCAGGAAGAGAUUCAGAGAGGAGACGCUGGCCAGCACAAUCAUCUCCCACGUCAAGAAAUCACGAAGCCUCCACAUCAUGUGUCACAUCCCAGUCUUCUGUUGGAUCACUGCUACAGUUCUGGAGGUCCUCUUCAAAACAUCCCUGAGAGGAGAACGGAUGCCAAAGACCGUGACUCAGAUGUACAGCCACUUCCUGAGGGUCCAGUCCAUACAGGUGAACAGAGAGUAUCAUGGGAGAGCUGAAACCGAUUCACACUGGAGUUCAGAGAGAAGCGAGAUAAUUUUUUCUCUGGGAAAAUUGGCUUUUAACCAGCUGGAGAAAGGCCACCUGAUCUUCUACAAAGAAGACCUGGCAGAGUGUGUCAUCGAUAUCAGAGCAGCCUCAGAAUACUCAGGAGAGUUCACCAAGAUCUUUAAAGAGGAGUGUGGGCUGUACCAGGACAAGGUGUUCUCCUUUGUCCAUCUGAGCCUCCAGGAGUUUCUGGCUGCCCUUUAUGUCUUCUGGUCCUUUAUCACCACUGGGGUCAAUCUGCUCACAGAAAAACAGCCAACAUCCGGUGAAGAUAAUCUCAUCCUCUUCUACCAGAUUGCUGUGGACAAAGCCUUACAGAGUGAGAACGGACACCUGGACUUGUUCCUCCGCUUCCUCCUGGGCCUCUCUCUGGAGACCAAUCAGAUUGUCCUACGAGGUCUGCUGGGACAGACAGCAAGGGGCUCAGAAACCGAGGAGGAAACAGUGUCUUACAUCAAGGAGAAGAUGGGUGGAGAUCUCUCUCCAGAGAGAAGCAUCAAUCUGUUCCACUGUCUGAAUGAGCUGAAUGACCAUUCUCUAGUGAAGGAGAUCCAACGGUCCCUGACAUCAGGAAGUCUGUUCAAAACGCAUGUCUCUCCUGCUCAGUGGUCAGCUCUGGUCUUCAUCUUACUGUCAUCAGAAGAGGAGUUGGACGUGUUUGACCUGAAGAAAUACUCAGCUUCAGAGGAGGGUCUUCUGAGGCUGCUGCCAGUGGUCAAAGUCUCCAAAACAUCUCUGCUCAAUGGCUGUCAUCUGUCAGAGAGAUGCUGUGACGCUCUGGCCUCAGUUCUCAGCUCCAACUCCUCUAGUCUGAGAGAGCUUGACCUGAGUACCAAUGAUCUGCAGGAUUCAGGAGUGAAGCUGCUCUCUGCUGGACUGGGGAGUCCACACUGUACACUGGAAACUCUCAGGCUGAAUGGCUGUCAUCUGUCAGAGAGAUGCUGUGAAGCUCUGGCCUCAGUUCUCAGCUCCAACUCCUCUAGUCUGAGAGAGCUGGACCUGAGCAACAAUGAUCUGCAGGAUUCAGGAGUGAAGCUGCUCUCUGCUGGACUGGGGAGUCCACACUGUACACUGGAAACUCUCAGCUUGUCUGGCUGCCUGGUCACACAGGAAGGCUGUUUAUCUCUGAUCUUAGCUCUGAGCUCCAACCCCUCCCAUCUGAGAGAGCUGGACCUGGGCUACAAUCACCCAGGAGACUCUGGAGCUGAGCUGCUCUCUGCUCUACUGAAGGAUCCACGCUGGAGACUGGGCACUCUCAGUGUGGAGCACGGUGGAGAUUUGAGGCUGAAACCAGCUCUAAUGAAGUAUGCCUGUGACCUCACCCUGGACCCCAACACGGCCCACAGACUCCUCUCUCUGUCUGAGGACAACAGGAAGGUGACGCGGGCUGGAGAGGACCAGUCGUAUCCGGAUCACCCAGAGAGAUUUGACUACUAUCCCCAGGUGUUGGGUAGAGAGGCUCUGACUGGCCGCUGUUACUGGGAGGUAGAGUGGGAAGGAGGGGUUAAUAUAGGAGUGACAUACAGAGGAAUCCCAAGGAGAGGACAGGGUGGUGACAGCGCGCUUGGAGAGAACAACAAGUCCUGGAUUCUUUUUUGUCGUGAUGAUCGUUACUCUGCCCGGUACGACGGUAUAAAGACAGCCCUCCCUCUCCCCUCCGCUGGCUCCACCAGAGUAGGAGUGUAUCUGGACCGGCCUGCUGGCUCUCUGUCCUUCUACAGAGUGUCCCCAGGUGGAGGAGGGUCCUCAGACACACUGACACACAUCCACACCUUCUGCUCCUCCUUCACCCAGGAGGACCUCCUCCCGGGGGUGGGGGUAUGGGGGUGGGGGUCCUCAGCGACUCUGUGUCGGUUGUAGACACACACAUACACACACACACACACACACACACACACACACACACACACACACACACACACACACACACACACACACACACACACAGACACACACACACACACACACACACACACACACACACACACACACACACACACACACACACACAGAG